AUGAGUCAAACUGGAGGAUCUUCAUCUUCUCAUUCAGUGGCGUUUAGGGUUAUGCGACUUUGCCGUCCAUCCUUCAAUGUCGAUCCUCCCCUUCGUAUCGAUCCCGACGACCUCUUCGUCGGUGAAGAUCACUUCGACGUUCCCUCCGCCCCUUCCGCCGCAGACCUCAUCGCCCCCGAUUCCGAUCCUAGUUAUCGCGACCGCUUCCUCCUUCAUCACUUCUCCGAUUCCAUGGGUCUCUCUGGCCUCCUCGUUCUCCCUCAGUCCUUCGGAGCAAUUUACUUGGGAGAAACUUUCUGUAGCUAUAUAAGUAUAAACAAUAGCUCCAAUAUUGAAGUCAGAGAAGUUAUUAUCAAGGCUGAAAUACAAACAGAGAGACAGAGGAUACUUUUGUUAGAUACGUCGAAAGCACCAGUUGAGACUAUACGUGCUGGUGGGCGUUAUGAUUUUAUUGUUGAACAUGAUGUCAAAGAGCUUGGACCUCACACGCUGGUUUGCACUGCAUUGUACAAUGAUGGUGAUGGAGAGCGUAAAUACCUUCCCCAAUUUUUCAAGUUCAUUGUUGCUAAUCCACUUUCUGUCAGGACAAAGGUCCGCGUUAUCAAGGAAACUACCUUUUUGGAGGCUUGUAUUGAAAACCAUACUAAAUCUAACCUUUUCAUGGACCAAGUUGAUUUUGAACCUGCUCAACAUAUUGGUGCAACAAUACUUAUAGGUGAUGGGCACCAUUCUGAGAAAGAUAGUCCUACAAAGGAGACAUUUAAGCCCCCAGUACUUAUAAGAUCUGGUGGAGGAAUUUACAACUAUCUCUAUCAAUUGAAGUCAUCAUUGGAUGAUUCUGCUCAAACUAAAGUUGAGGGAAGUAACGUUCUUGGUAAACUCCAAAUAACAUGGCGAACAAAUUUGGGUGAACCUGGUCGCCUGCAGACCCAGCAAAUAUUGGGGACUCCAACAACAAAGAAAGAGAUUGACUUGCAAGUUGUAGAAGUUCCAUCUAUCAUUAACCUUCAAAGACCAUUCACGCUAAAACUGAAUCUUACAAACCUUACAGAGAGAGGGGUCGGCCCGUUUGAAGUUAGUGUGUCCCAAAAUGGUUCACCUGGGGAGACUGCUGUUAUGAUUAAUGGUCUUCAAUCAAUGGUUUUAUCACAGGUUGAGGCUUUAGGAUCCACUAAUUUCAGCCUGAAUCUCAUAGCUACUAAACCCGGAAUUCAGAGAAUAACAGGCAUUACAGUGUUUGAUAAAAGGGAGAUGAAAUCUUAUGAACCACUUCCUGAUUUAGAGAUUUUUGUGGACAUGGAAUAA